UUUUAUUUAUGGUGGGUCCAGAAGAAGCUUUGAAAACAUAAGAAUAUAAAGCUUAUCGUUGGCGUUGGUUAGUUUUAUUUGCUUUUUGCACAUUCACGUACUUUUAAUAUGUAAGUUAAGCUUCUCAAAUGCACUUGGAUUUGUGUAAUAUUCUCCAAUUCUUACUCUGGCAGCUGAAUAUUAUGGUGUUAGUGAUUAAGCCAUUGUAUGGUUUAGCAAUUGCUAUUAUAUUACAUAUGUAUUAUUUUGUCCAUUUACAAUACGUCCUCUUGAGAAAAGAUUAGAUUUAUCUUUAUUUCUUGCUGCCUUUUUAACAGCAUUAGGUAAUUAGUCUAUAAAAUAAGUUUAGGCUAAUGGUUUAUAUACAUAGCUUAAUAAACCUAUUCUUUUGCAUUAGUAGGGUUUAUUUUAAUAGGAAUGGGUUAAAUAUUUAUUUUAGCAGCUCCAGCAUGUAAAUUAAUAUCAUAAAUAUAAUAGAUAUAUCUGAUAGAUGGUUUCCAAUGCAUGAAAGAAAUGUAUCUACCAGUUUAGGUAGUUUUUUUAACUUAGUCGGAUUAAACUUUUCAAUAGUAUAUGCUUCAAUAACAUUUUAAAAUGUUACUGAUCAUGAUGAGAUAAUAUAUCAGAUAGAUCUCAUGAAUUUAUUAUUUGCUAUAUUUACAACAUUGGCAUUUAUAUUUUGUAUAACAAUGAUUAGAAAUAAACCAUAAAGUCCACCAUCAAUAUCAGCUGUAAACAUUUAAAUAUAUAUAAAUAAGGCAUCUGAUAAAAUGCUUAUUUUGCCAUCCUUUAAAAGGGCAUUUAAAAGUGUAGAAUCAAUAAUGGAUUUAUUAACAUUUUCUAUGUUCAUAGGAGUCUCUUGGGCAUAUAUGGUUGUUAUUGCAAUUCUUUUAGCACCUUUUAAUUAUACAACAGAAUAAAUAGGCUAUGUAAGUAUAGUUUAUGCAGCAACUGGAGCUGUUGGUGGAACUUUGGCAAGUAUUUAUGUGGAUUAUUAAAUAAAAAAUAAUACAAAACCACAUUAUGAUUAUUUAAUAAAAGGUUUUUUGACAAUAGGAGUGAUUGGGAUUUUGGUUAAAGCAUUGAUCAUAAAUUAUGUUAAUGAUACAGUGAUAGUUAUUUUAUCGGGAAUAAUUGGUUUUGGAUUAAAUUCAUUUCUUCCAUUAGCUUUGUAGUGUUAUAUUGAGAAACUCUUUCCUUCAUUUGAAUUAGUUUUAACAACAGCCAUUAUGCAAAUGUCAAAUGUAAAAUAUAUUAUUUAUUAGUUUAAAGUUAUUUGGUUUUAUUUUGAAUUAUAUAUUAAUUUUAGAAGUAUUCCUUGAUGUUGGAUUAUGGGUUAUUUUAGUCGCAAUGGGACCAUUUUAUCUUUAUUUGAUAUUUGGUUAUAAGACAAAAUUCCUUCGUUUAGAAAUGGAGUAAUAAUCAGCUGCUGCUUGA